AUGGACUCAGUCCCUACUUCCUCACAGGUUUCACCGGAAGCCGACGAGCGCAAGACACCUAUCAACGACAUAGUAUAUUAUAGCAGUAGUCGAUACAGUGCACAAUACGGUUCCACGAAUUGCGAGCUUCUUCGGCGCAUCUUACAUGUCAUACCGGCCAGUUGGCGCUACGGACGCGCCGUAAAUCUCCUUGAUCCUGGUAUAAAUCUUCAAGACGUGUAUGGGUCUGAGGAGUUCAGGACGAAGCUAGGCUUGGGUGAUUGGGACGCCAGUGGGAAAGAUAAGUGGGUGACUACGGAUUUAGUUUUGGAAGUUUGGAAGGAGAAGUUGAAUGACUUCGCGAACGAUAUCAUUGCCGGGAAGGUGGAACUGAAGAGCGAAUUUGAUAUAGUGCCGGAAGAAGAUCAUAGUUUUAUAGGCCCUCGAAGUUACGGUACCCGCAUGAUCUCAGAGGAUGUCAAAGACGCUUACGAGAACGCCCCGAAGGAGUCUCGCAAGCGUGAUCAACGGAGAAGAAAGGCAAAGAAGAAGAUACGUUUCUUGAACAGCAUAGUGCCGUUCAAUGAAUCGGACUAG